AUGAUCGGGUCGGACACAUCGACGACUCGUCUCAGCCCGGACAGCACCCGAGUAACUCCGUUUCAGCCGAACCGCCUCGCCGGGAAAGGUCCGGCUCUUGUCUCUGUCUGGUCGAGUUCUCCCGCUGCAUCUGGUGACUCGUCAACGUUGUGCGCUACCGCCGCUGGUGGCUCAUCCUCGCUGCUGGUGGUGCUCGAUUCGCUGGAUACCUCGUCGUCCGCCGGGUUUGCUGCGAACUACGGCUGGUCACGGCCCGUUGCUAGUGGAGGGUCGCCUGCAUUGGCUGCCUUUGGUCGGAGGUCGCGGACCGCCGCUGUUCGAGUGCCGGAAGUGAACAGGGCACAAACGAGUCGCCGGACAGGGAGGAGAACGGAACUCGCCUGUCGCACCGGAAAUUCAUCGGAACCUGGUGGGCCGCAGCACGGCCUUCUCGUCAGCCGCGUUGGAGGCUUCUCGAUCGGUGCUGGUUCUGCUCGUCGUCGAGUUGGUUGCGAGCGGUCAGAGGCUCCUUGUCAAUGGCGGACGUCAGCGGUUCCUCUUGACCGAGUCUCGACGGUUGAUGGAAUUGAGGAUGACGAUGGGUGUUUCUGCGAAUUUGCAAAGGAGUAUAAGGGCAGAUCCGAUCAGAAACCGCGUAGCCGGAUUUUGGGAAAAUUCCGUCGCGAGGGUAUGGAAGAGCCGGAUUCCAAGCAGAUCGGGCGUCGAGGUCGCUGCUGGUGGCGGAUUGAUGGCCGAGAAAAGAGGGAUAGUUCAACUUAG